AUGAGAAAAGAUUACAGCAAAGCCGUUGAGAAGGCCAAGAAGAAGCUGAGAAGCUUGAUUGCUAAGAUGAACUGCGCUCAUCUCAGUCUUUGUCUAGCAUGGUACUCAGCUGGAACCUUCGGUGUUAAGACAAAAACCGAUGGGCCCUUUGGUACCAUGAGGUACUCGGCAGAGCUGGCACAUGGCGCUAACAAUGGUCUCGACAUUGCUGUCAGACUCCUUGAGCCCAUCAAGGAGCAGUUUCCCAUCCUCUCCUAUGCUGAUUUCUACCAACUAGCUGGUGUUGUUAGCGUUGCAAUCACUGGUGGUCCUGAGGUUCCUUUCCACCCUAGGAGUGAGCCCAGCAUAGUACUGUAAAUAAAUGUUUGGGAGUGUGAUAAUGAUU